UGGGAGUUUGACCUCCGCCGCCGCCGCCGCCGCCGCCGCCGCCAACCGCCGCCUCAGCCUGCGCCGCCGCCGCCGCGCACGCCAUGGGAGCCGUGACGGACGAUGAAGUCAUAAGGAAGCGACUCUUAAUUGAUGGAGAUGGUGCUGGUGAUGAUCGGAGGAUUAAUUUGCUAGUGAAAAGUUUCAUUAAAUGGUGCAACUCUGGAUCCCAAGAAGAGGGAUAUAGCCAGUACCAACGGAUGCUUAGCACCCUGUCUCAAUGUGAAUUUUCAAUGGGCAAAACUCUGCUGGUAUAUGAUAUGAAUCUCAGAGAAAUGGAAAAUUAUGAAAAAAUUUACAAAGAAAUAGAUAGAAGCAUUGCUGGAGCCCAUGAAAAAAUUGCUGAGUGUAAAAAGCAGAUUCUUCAAGCAAAACGAAUAAGAAAAAAUCGCCAAGAAUAUGAUGCUUUGGCAAAAGUGAUUCAACAUCAUCCAGAUAGACAUGAGACAUUAAAGGAGCUAGAGAUUCUGGGGAAAGAAUUAGAACAUCUCUCACAUAUUAAAGAAACUGUUGAAGAUAAGCUAGAAUUGAGGCGGAAGCAGUUUUAUGUUCUUCUUAGCACUAUUCAUGAACUUCAGCAAACACUGGAAAAUGAUGAAAAGUUCUGCGAGAUAGAAGCUCCAGAAGCAGGCAUCAAAACAGCUCCUAAGCCCUAGACAGGGUCUAGCUCCCCAUUGCCAAGGAUAUUAAAGCAGCUACAUGGUCUUGAUUUGUUCAGAAUUUGUUAUGCUCUUUGAGAUAGGUUAAGUUUUGGCAGUGAAAUACUGUAUUUUUCAAUAUUGCUGCAUAAUUCAGAUUUCUUCACAUGAAGAAAAUAACCAAUGUACAUUUGUUUUAUUGAAAUUUUUUAUUCUUUAAAAAUAGGAAACAGUAUCUACAAUGUUUAAUAAAAUGUUUUCAAGCUGAUGUGUGUAUUCAUUGGGUAUUCUAGGUAAUUUUUAACAGGUAACAUUGUCUUAUAAAACAAGUUAAAGACUGAGAAAGAUGCAUUUCUAGCAUGUAUAUGAGAAAAUGAAGUCCAUGAGCCUUUCAUAUUAUUUAUUAAAUAUUUAUAUUGAAUAAAUAUUUAUACAAUAUUACUCAAUAUUUAUGGUGUCUGUUUAUCAUGGAGAAAAGUUCCAUAUAAAGGAUUACUGGCAUAAGAGAUAAAUCCAUCCACAUUGUUCUAGCAUUUAUUUCUCAAGGAAU